AUGACCGCUGAAACUGCUACAAUUGAAAAGACAUACUGUGCUGGUCUCCAAUGUGGGAAGGAAACCACCUCUCAACUGAAGUGUCCCAUUUGUUUGAAGGCUGGAAUCGUAUCAAUCUUUUGUGAUGAGACAUGUUUCAAAGAAAAUUAUAAAUCUCACAAGGCCUUGCAUUACAAAGAAGGCGAAGAAGGUGAUGAAAAGUCUUCAUACGAUCCAUUCCCUAAGUUCAACUAUAGAGGUGACGUGAGACCACAUUAUCCAUUGACUCCAAAGAGGUAUGUUCCUGAAGAUAUCCCAAAGCCAGACUGGGCUGCUAAUGGGUUACCAAUAGAAGAACAGAGAAAUGAUAGAUUGAACAAGAUUCCUAUUUAUAAUAAGAAUGAGAUCAAGAAGAUCAGAAAGGCAUGUAUGUACGGGAGAGAAGUUCUUGAUAUUGCUGCUGCUGCGGUAAGACCCGGUAUUACCACUGAUGAAAUAGAUGAAAUAGUUCAUAAUGAAACUAUUAAGAGAGGUUGUUAUCCAUCUCCACUAAAUUAUUAUAACUUCCCUAAAUCUGUGUGUACCUCUAUUAAUGAAGUCAUUUGUCAUGGGAUCCCAGAUAAGACUGUCUUGAAAGAAGGUGACAUUGUUAAUCUAGAUGUCUCUUUAUACUACGAAGGAAUGCAUGCUGAUUUAAAUGAAACAUAUUACGUUGGUGAAAACAUCUCCAAGGAAGCUAUCAACACAGUAGAAACUGCUAGAGAAUGUUUGAAAUUGGCUAUAAAACAUUGUAAACCAGGUGUUACAUUCCAAGAAUUGGGUGACCAUAUUGAAAAACAUGCUCUUGAAAAUAAGUGUUCCGUAGUGAGAACUUACUGUGGUCACGGUGUGGGUAAAUUUUUCCAUUGUUCUCCAAAUGUGCCUCAUUAUGCCAACAAUAGAACUGCCGGUGUCAUGAAACCAGGUAUGGUGUUUACCAUUGAACCAAUGAUCAAUGAGGGUACCUGGAAAGAUGUCACUUGGCCUGAUGAUUGGACUUCCACUACUCAAGACGGGAAGAGAAGUGCUCAAUUCGAACACUCUCUGCUGAUCACGGAAACUGGUGUGGAAAUCUUAUCUGCAAGAAAUAAGAAGUCCCCAGGUGGUCCAAGAUGUAGAACUAAAUAA